AUGGCGACGUUUCGGCGGUUUCAACCUGACGAUGUGAAUAAGUUUUCCAAGUGCAAUCUAGACCCUUUCACGGAAACUUACGAGCUCAAUUUCUACCUCCAAUACCAUGCAAAGUGGCCAGCUCUCUUUCAAGUUUGUGAGGAUAUGGAUGGAAACAUUGUUGGGUAUAUCAUGGGCAAGGUCGAGUCUUCUCCAGACUCCUACAAAUUCUCCGAGCAUUACCUACCAUGGCACGCCCACAUAACGGCGCUCACUGUUGCCCCAGAAGCAAGAAGGUCUGGCAUUGCAAAGAUCCUAACCGAUCAGCUGGAAGUCGCAGCUGAUGCUGAGAACGCCUGGUUCGUGGACUUGUUCGUUCGAAGCAGCAACCACAGAGCCAUCGCCCUUUACAAGAAUCUGGGUUACAGCGUGUUCCGCGUGGUGAAGGACUAUUACGGUGACCACGCUACGGACCCUUCCAGGGCGAGCGAGGAUGCACUCGACAUGCGCAAGCCCAUGAAGCGAGACAAGGAUCGUCAGCACAUUCGAGAUGAUGGAGAAACCCAUAUGGUUGAUCCCGAGGAUGUUUGGUAA